AUGAAGGAAAGCAAACUUACAGAAUUCUACUUUGAGGAUGAUACCAAGUCUAGAUAAUUACCUCAACCAAUUGAUCAUAUUAACAAAAGUUACUCUUUAGAAAAUGAUAUGGUUUUAGGAUGGGUUCCUACAUAAUAACAGGAAGAGAUGAUAAAUGUAUAGUUCUAUAAUGAAUUGAAUGAUCAUCUAAUUGAGUUUUACAAUUAAAAUGACCCAAAUAAGAUAGUUUAUUUAGGUUAUAGGCCAAAUGAAGCAAUGCAAUUUCAUAAAUAAUUCUCAACAUAAUCUAAUUAUAAAAUCAAAAAUACUAAAAAUUAUAAAGUCAAAUAAUCUCAAAAUUAAUAGUUAUUUGUAGGAAUGAAUCCAAAUUUUGAAUACGAAAUAAAAUUUAAUUCAUAAUUUGAAAGUGGGAACUUAGAUCUAGCAAUUUAGAAAUCUGAAUUAGAAUAUGAUUUAUACAUGAGAGUUGAUACAAAUACUAAAGGUCAUACACUUUGGUAUUACUUUGAAGUUACAGGUUUGAAAAAUAUUGAAUCAAUUAAAUUUAACAUUUGUAAUUUUCGUAAAAAAAGGUGUUUAUAUGAACGCGGAAUGAAACCUUAUAUUUAAAGAGAUUCUUAAGAUUGGUAAUAAGAGGGAGAAAAUGUGAAAUAUGGGGCAUAUAAAUGUUAAUUUAAAGAAAUUUAAAAAUAAUAUUAUUGUCUGACAUUUACUAUUAUGAAUAAAAAAAAGGAUGAUAAAAUAAGGAUAGCCUAUUGCAUUCCAUACACAUUUAGUAAAUUAAAUAAUUUUUUAAAAUCCUUAAAUUCUUAGUAUAUGGAAUAAUCAUUUUUUUGUUACUCUUUAAGUGGAGUGUAAAUUCCUAAAUUAACAUUCUCUAAAGGAAAUAUUUUAAAGAAAAAAAUAGUUGUAAUAUAAGCACGAAUUCAUCCUGGAGAAUCAAAUUCAUCAUGGGUUAUGUAGGGUUUGUUAGAGUAUUUGAGUUCAAGUCAAGCAGACAAAUUAUUAGAUUAGUAAGUAAUAAAAUAAUUAUAAGAUUAAUUUUUGUGAUAGUCCCUAUGAUGAAUGUUGAUGGAGUAAUAUUUGGUAAUUAUAGGACAGGUUGUGCAGGGAGAGACUUGAAUAGAUAAUUUAGAGAUAGUUGUAAGAAAUUAUAUCCAACAGUUAAUGCAAUGAAAUAAUUGAUAUCUGAUUUGUAUUAAGUAUAUGGAGAUCAAAUUGUUGGUUUUAUAGAUAUUCAUGGACACUCAGGUAUCAUAUUUCCAUUUUAUUAGAGCCAAAAAGAAUGCAUUUCUUUAUGGACCCGAAUUUCAAUUGUGGAAUUGCAAUUAUUAUAAAUCAAGAUUAUUUGCUAAAAUUUUAUCUCUCAAAACUCAAAUUUUUCGUUAUUAUUCAUGUCUAUUUAGAAUAAAUAGAUGUAAAGUCAAUACUGCAAGAGCUGUCUUUUGUGAGAAAUAUGAUUUUGUUAAUUGCUUUACAUUAGAAGUAUCUAACAGUAGUUAUUAUUAUGAAUAAAAUACAGAGAAUUUCACUGAAUAGAAAUGGAUUUAGUUUGGGUAAAUAUUUGGAGAAUCAUUUAAUGAUUUUAUAAUUCAUUUUUAAGAAAUAGAUACUUUAUUUUGUGAUUUUAAGGAUAAGAAAGUUUGUAAAUAAACAAAAAAAAAAUUUAAUAAUCAAAUAAAUGAAGAAAAAUAAUUGAAUCUUUAGAGGAUUUGUUAAAAUUCAAAAUAUUCUGAAUUAUUUGAUGAAAUGAAAAAUGAUUAACCAAAUUUAUCAUUUUCAGAGGGAGAGUCUGAUAGUGAAAGGGAAUCUGAUGAUUUGGAUGAUGAAAUUUUGAAUAAUGUAAUUUUGACUUCAAAUAAAUAAAAAAAAAUUAAAAAAUCUAAAAAAUCUUUAAAAGUAAAUGAUUAUAAAAAACAAUCUAUAAGGAGUGAAAAUAAUUCAGCAAUACACAAUCAUACAGUGUUUUUAAGUAAAAAAUAAUUUUUAGAAGAUCAACCAAAUAAUAUCUUUCAAUAAACUUAAAAUUAAAACAUUUAUAGGAGAACAAGUUAUAAAUAAUAUAAAUAAGAUGAUAGAAUUAAAGAUAAUUAAACUUUUACUUUAACAAGCAAAAAUUCAAUGGAAUCUAGUAAUAUAAAAACAUUUAGAGCAUCAUAUAUUAGUGGAUUUUAACCAAAAAUUGAAUAAAUGAGUACUCAGAAUAGAAAUAAAUCUCCUAUCAAAUUAAAAACAUUAAUACAUGAAGCUAAAUUGAGAGGGUAAUCUGAAUUGAAUUGUGAAAUUAAUGAAGAAAAUAUGGCUGAUUAAAUUUUUGAACCUUAUAUAAAAAGACCAUAGUUGAAUUAAACAAAUAAUAAAAAUAUUAAAUUUGGAAAUGUCUGCUCUCCUACUAAAGAUUUCGUUUUUUUAAAUGAAUUAAAUACAAAAAUAAUGUAAAAUACUCAUUUUCCUACAGAUUAAGGUUGUACUUAUAAUGUUACUGCUAUCUAUCAUGGAAUAAAUAAACAUUAAAAAAAACCCAAUAAUUAUAAGUUUAAUAAAAUGCAAAAAUUUUAGAAAACAUAAAAUCCCUCAAUUAAUUUAAGAAAUACUUUAUAAGUAUAAAAAUUAGGAACAACAGAAGAUUCUUUUGGAAUUAUAAUAAAACCUAAGCUUUUUUCAUCACCAUAGAUUGAUGAAGCAUUAGGUUAAACAGAACAAUCUAAAAGUGCAAUGAAUUAAUAUUAGAAUUCUUCAAUAAGUUAAAAACCAUAAAAACAAUUGGUUCCAUCUUCAUUUUAUUCAAUUAAAAAACAUUGGACCAACACAAGAGGUAUUCAAUAAUACCUUAAUUUUAAUAAUUGA